AUGGCAAUCAAGGAAAGCGAACUGCAGCAACGCAUUGAUAACGAAAAGGAAUUGCGAAAAGCAAUAGCCGAUGAAUUAAAUAUUCAUGUUCGUGUUGUUGAAAAAAAAUCUUUACUGAAUAGUAUAGUGAACAAUAUACGUUAUGCUGAAAGUGGUAUUGAAAGCUCUGAUUUGUCAGAACUUGGACGUAAAAGAAGAGAGCUAACUCUGGAAGUUACAAGAUUAUGCUUAUACUAUGAGGCAGACGACAAUACAGAUGCAAGUCAAUUUGACGUGAUGUAUCGUUUAAAAGGAUUGUUCAGAAGUAUAGAAUACCCAAAAACAUAUACAAUAGAAACAAAAGUUGAAGGUAUAGACAAACAUUGCUGUGUAACUGAUUGUCAGCACGGUGUUGUGACAUUCAAGUGGAUGAUGAUAGCUUAUGUUUAGUCAAUAAACAUUAUUAAUAUUGUAAAAUGUAUUCACUUGCUUCUUAGAGAUAACUUAUUAA